UACAUGAUCAUAUUGCAUUGAAUGAGCCCCGAAAUAGUUGCUUUUUGACCGCAGGAGGGGUUUAGUGGCACCAGUUCGUGAGGCACCUUCUUAUAGGCCUAGCCUAUAGCCGAAGAUAUGAGUGGCAUCGUUCGAUUCCUCGUUGCUGUCUUGUGGGUCACUGCAGCGAAUGCUCAGGAUUAUCAAGUGGCAGACAUCAAUUGCGACUUCGAAGAGGAAUCCAACUGGACUGACGAAGGGCCUGACACCUUGUCAGCUCGCCUCAAGAAGCCCCCGGGGUUCAAGGGCCACCCGCUCUUUGCCGAUGACAGGAGAGCCGAUCCGCUGAGGGACGAGACGUGUCAGAUAAGACAAGACAUCCGUGACCCCUCGGGACUCGUGUACAACCUUCUCGUGACUGAUCUGGACAAGUGUGGUACGAUCAAGAAAAACGGAUACGUUCACCUCCGAAUAUGGUUCCCCCAGUUGGAAGGCGUCGUGCUGGCCACAGAUCAGGAGGUGAUCAUCAUGUGCAAACCGGCAUCGCCAACUAUCAUUGAGAACAGGGCUGCAGGCUUCGCAGGAGCGCUACCGUCGUCAGCGCGCGUCUCCGGAGUCGUCGAGGAAUCCCCAGGGAGGCUCCAAUAUGAGGUGGCCCUCUUCAGGGCAGUCAAUGCCCGGUCCGGGCAGAGCCACUCGCCCGUCAAUCAAGCAGUGCCCAUAGGCUCCAGAUUGCAGCUCAGAGCCAGGAUCAACACGGACGCCACGUGGAAAUACGCGAAGCUCAUGGAAGUGACCGUUUCUGGAGACCCUGCGAACCCGUAUUCACCCGGGCACGUUUCCCUCGUCAAAGACGGAUGCCGCCUCUCGGAGUUCGAAUCCAUCGUGCCCCAGCAACCCCAGCGGACGGAAGACCAACCUGGCGAAGUGAGACUAGACUUCGAAGCCUUCAUGCUCGAUGCCAAGAUGGCGGGUUCUUCCCAGCUGUGGAUCCACGCCACAAUCAAGGCCUGCAUCGAGCCGUUUGAUUGCCGCCCGGAGCUGUGUCUAGACUUACGCCAUCCCUCCGGCCAUGGACGGAGAAAGCGCAGAAAGGCAGUGCUGUACGCAGACGGUCUGAUUGAGAUGGUAGACGAUGGAUCCUCUUUCCUCUCCACACUUUUGGCUGGGAGAGAAACAUCCGCUCUUCAAUCGGCACCGAAUGGAACAGAUGCCCUUGUGGAAAAGAUAGAAGACGAUGCACCUGACAUCAUUGGAGUUCCUGCCGAGAAUAGUAGUAGUGUAGCAGCUCCCUUGUGGGAGAGACCACAGAAAAAUAACAACGGAUCUUCUGCCAAAAUUGGGAAUAAUGUGCCAGUCACAGUCAUUAUGCCAGAAGAAUUUUUCACAAAUGCUGAGGCAGUCUAUCAGUCGUGUGGAACAUUCGUCAUCAUUUCGACCUUCCUCGGAGCCACUUUACUUCUGGCCUCGGGAUUUCUUUGCUUUCUGACAUCCCGAUUGCACAAGACGGUGGCCAGAGCCCAGACUUCGAGUCUCGACACCGUGGUGAAGGAACACCACAAUAAAUAUGGAGUGAAGGACGUCCUUAGCCCUCCGUUCCUAAGUAGGAUUAACGCCAGCUAGUGAAAGUUAAGAAAAAUAUCGUCAUCAUCAAGAGAUUUAUUUUUUUUUAAUAUAGAGAGCGAGAGUUUCUGUGUUGGUUAUUCAGCAAAGAAGAUCUGUUAAAAGACUGAACCUUCUGAUUUUUAUGUGUAUCGUAAAUGUUUUCGGUAGGUUGUUAGUCAUCCGAGUCUUUGUCACUCACUUGUUUCAUAUAGACCUAUAGCCUACAUUGCUCAUGAGAUAAACAUGAUAUAGGUAGACAUGUCCUCGAUGUUUCCAGUGGUUUAGUAGACAAAAAAUAAAAACAGUAGAAAUUGAAUUUACAUUAGUUAUCAUAAGGCUCGGAUUUUUAAAACUGAAUAAUUACAAGAAAAAAAAUAUAUGCUUGAUUCAAAAUCACUAUUCUGGUUAACUAUUUCUGUAUUGUAUCAAUAGUAUUUUAAUUUGUUUCAUUAGCGUAUAGGCGUACUUAAGUGUAUUACGAUUAAAUGUUUAAAGACAAAUAAUGAUUUUA